GGUCUAAACAUUUCCAAUUGGCCAUGCAGACAUGUUCUCUCUUAGACAGCUCAAUCAGGGAAAAUAAACUUGAGGAAGAAGAAAUUACAGAGGGGUUUUGACUCAGAGAAAUUAAAACUCUUCUUUAGUUUCAUCCCUCACAAUUACAAUCAAAACAUGGAUUUCUCUCAAUUCGUAGCAGUCCGGUGAAGAUCAAAAGAGAAAAAGAAAAGAUGUCGGCGGCAGGAGAAGAGAAGAUACUUGUGUCGGUGAGGGUUAGACCUCUAAACGAGAAAGAGAAGACGAGAAAUGAUAGAUGUGAUUGGGAAUGCAUCAACAACACCACAAUCAUCUGCAAGUCCCAUAACUUGCCUGAUAAGCCUUCCUAUACAUUUGACAGAGUGUUUGGAUUCGAAAGCCCCACGAAGCAAGUGUAUGAUGAUGGAGCCAAAGAGGUUGCACUUUGUGUCCUCUCCGGAAUUAACUCGAGCAUCUUUGCGUAUGGACAGACAAGUAGUGGAAAAACGUACACGAUGACUGGAAUCACUGAAUUUGCAAUCGAUGAUAUCUUUCUUUACAUUGAAAAGCAUAAACAAGAAAGAAAAUUCACUCUAAAAUUCUCAGCGAUGGAGAUUUACAAUGAAGCUGUGAGGGAUCUCCUUUGUGAAGAUAGUAAUACUCCACUUAGGCUUCUAGAUGAUCCAGAGAGAGGAACGGUCGUUGAGAAACUCAGAGAGGAGACUCUCACAGACAGAAACCAUCUAGAGGAACUCCUUUCUAUAUGCGAGACUCAGAGGAAGAUUGGAGAGACGUCUUUGAAUGAGACUAGCUCCAGAUCUCAUCAGAUUCUCCGGCUGACAAUUGAAAGCUCGAACCGAGAAGAUAGCUCGGCGAUUCUUGCAGCAUCAGUGUGCUUUGUUGAUCUAGCAGGAAGUGAACGAGCUUCUCAGACAUUAUCGGCUGGUUCAAGGCUCAAAGAAGGUUGUCAUAUCAAUAGAAGUUUACUUACUCUUGGAACCGUCAUCCGAAAACUCAGCAAAGGGAAAAAUGGGCACAUACCAUAUCGAGACUCGAAGCUAACUCGUAUACUUCAGAACUCAUUAGGAGGAAACGCAAGAACUGCCAUCAUCUGUACAAUGAGCCCUGCUCGUAGUCAUAUGGAACAAUCAAGAAACACGCUUCUCUUUGCGACUUGUGCUAAAGAGGUGACCACAAAUGCUCAAGUCAAUAUGGUUGUGUCUGAGAAAGCUUUGGUGAGGCAACUGCAGCGGGAACUGGCGAGAAUGGAGAAUGAGUUGAAGAAUCUUGGGCCUGCUUCUUCUUCUUCUUCAGCUUCUGAUGAGUUCUAUGCAUUGCUCAAACAGAAAGAGGAGUUGAUUGCAAAGAUGGAGGAACAGAUUCAAGAACUUAAAUGGCAACGAGAUGUAGCUCAAUCUCAGGUAGAGAAUUUACUUAAAUCAACAGCGGACGAGAGAUCUUCUUCAAGUUCAAUGGGUAACAGAAGAAGAAGCAGCUACGAUUCAACGGAUUUUGAUGAGCCUCGUAUGCUAAAUAACUUGGGGAAGAGUAACUUCUACUCUCCUGAUGAGGAUAGUUUCCUGUUGGAAGAUACUACACCUCAGUUUCCGGGGCAUGAUUUCUGCGAUAAGUGGGAGGAGAUGGCUCAAAAAACCACCCAAGAACCAGAAGAUGCUUGCAAAGAAGUUAGAUGCAUUGAAGUGAACAGUGGAGAAGCAGAACGAGUUGAAAAUCAAGACUCACUUGAUGACAUUGUUGAAAAGAAAGUUGAGUCAUUACCAGCCGAAUAUGAACAAAACUACAAAUCUUUUACGGCCGAUGAGAAAGCUGGAAAUGACGCUAUGGAGUUAGAAAAGGAAGAUAGGGAUUCAUCUUUAAAAACGAUAGAUAUGGAGUUGAGUUUAUCUGCUAAACUUGAAGCCGAAGAUGAGCUAACUACAAACAAGAUAUUAGUAGAAGAAGUCAAAGAUACAGAACCAUCUGUGGAGAAACAGAGGCGAUCUUCAAAGAAAGAAGACACGGAACAGAAUUUGUCUAAGGAUCAGUCAUGUAUGGAAUACGAACAAAACUACAAAUCUUUAAUGGUGGAUGAGAAUGAAGAUAUGGAGUCUGUAAAAGCUAUUGAUAUGGAGCUAAAUGCUAAAGUUGAAGCCGAAGAUGAGGUAAGUUUACACAAGUUAGAAGAAUCACAAGAGACGGAACAAUCUGUGGACAAGGAGGAAACAAAAGCGAGUUGGUCUUCAAAGAAUGAAGACAUGGAACAGAAUUUGUCUAAGGAUCAGUCAGAGCAAUAUGUACUAGGCUCCGAGAAAGAUGAUAAUACAUAUGAGGCUCUGAAGAAAAAGGUGAAGGAAAUGCAGAAGACGAUUGAAUACUUUAUGAGUAUGCAAUCAGCAGAAGAGAAACAAUCUCCCUCAUUCAAUACGGUAGAUGACAACACGAGUCCAGGAGAAAGCUUCAAGAUGAGAAGAAGCCGAAGUUGCAGAGAAAAUCUCUUGUUUACAAAGGCGCUCGCUGCAGCUGCUAGUGGACGCUUCACAUUCAAGAACUCCAAUAACACAUCCUUUGAUUUAGAUAACACUGCCUCCAUUGAUGCACAGAGCACAAAAGAUUCCGACACAGAGACUAGCAGUAGUAGCUUCCAUGAAUUUAUAGCAGGACUUAAAGAAAUGGCAAUGCAGCAACAUUCGCUGAAUACUGAAACAGAGAAGAUUAAGCCUGAAAGCACAGAUGAUAGCGGCGCGAAAGCAGAGUUUGAGAGACAGCAAAGGCAAAUAAUCGAGCUUUGGGAAGUAUGCAAUGUGCCUUUGGUUCACAGAACAUACUUUUUCUUGCUCUUCAAAGGCGAUCCAUCAGACUUUGUUUACAUGGAAGUUGAACUCAGAAGGCUAUCUUUUCUCAAGGAUUCGCCGGAGACGUUGAGGAAACAAACUGCCAAGGCUUUAAAACGGGAGAGAGAAUUGUUAGCUAAGCAAAUACCAAAGAAGUUUGGAAAGAAGCAAAAAGAAGAAGUUUACAAGAGAUGGGGUGUUGAAUUGAGCUCAAAGCAGAGGAGCAUGCAAGUAACUCACAAACUAUGGAUCAAUAUCAAAGACAUUGAGCAUUGCCAAAACAGUGCUUCUCUUGUGGCUAGUUUGGUUGGAUUUGAUGACUCAACUCUGACUCAAAAGGAAAUGUUUGGCCUUAGCUUCUCACCUACAACAACACUCAACAUUAGAUCCUCUGGCUGGAGAUUUUCCAACUCUUUCUCUCGUAUUAGCUUGACCUGA